UCCUCUGGUUGUGUUUACUUAGUGUACAUCUGGAUUUCUUUUCAUACAAAAUUACUGCUGGUAAUCCACAAUUUCCAGACUUGGAGGGAGCUAAGGAAGUCCCGGACGCCUUGCUAUAAACGCAACACCCAAGACUUUGGAAGUUUAAGAAUUACUCGUAGUUGUGUCACAGAACUAUGAAGAAGCUUCGUGUUAUUCAACUUUAUGUUUUUUUUUCCCAAUUACUACAUUCAUAUUAUCAUGUUGUGGCGGCACCCUCUCCUAUUAUUAAGUUUCCAGGAGACAACUCCCCUAAAACGGACAAAGAAAUGGUCACCCAAUAUCUACUUAAAUACUAUGGCUGCCCGAAAGAAACUUGUCUGAUGGAGCUGAAAGACACAUUGAAGAAAAUGCAGAAAUUUUUUCGUCUCCCUGAAACUGGAGAAUUAGACCAGAAUACCAUUGAUACAAUGAAAAAGCCAAGGUGUGGCAAUCCAGAUGUGUCCAACUACCAAUUUUUUCCCCGAAAACCAAAGUGGGAAAAGAACCAGAUCACUUACAGGAUUAUAGGGUACACAACAGAUCUGGAUUCUGAAACUGUAGAUGAUGCAUUUGCUCGAGCCCUUCAAGUCUGGAGUGAUGUCACACCUUUGAAGUUCACACGACUUAAUGAGGGAGAAGCAGAUAUCAUGAUAAAUUUUGGACGUUGGGAACAUGGAGAUGGAUAUCCCUUCGAUGGAAAAGAUGGUCUCUUGGCACAUGCAUUUGCACCUGGAUCAGGUGUUGGGGGGGAUUCUCAUUUUGAUGAUGAUGAGUUAUGGACUUUAGGGGAAGGCCAGGUUGUGAAAGUUAAGUAUGGGAAUGCAGAUGGAGAGUUCUGUAAAUUUCCAUUUCUUUUCAAUGGCAAAGAAUAUAACAGCUGCACAGAUGCUGGACGCAGUGAUGGUUUUCUUUGGUGUUCCACUACUUACAAUUUUGAAUCAGAUGGGAAAUAUGGUUUCUGUCCCCAUGAAUUACUCUUCACUUUGUCUGGAAAUGGAGAAGGGAAGCCUUGCAAAUUCCCUUUCAAGUUUCAAGGUACCAGUUAUGAUAGCUGCACAACAGAGGGAAGAACUGAUGGCUACAGAUGGUGUGCAACCACAGAAGACUAUGACAAAGAUAAAACAUAUGGAUUCUGUCCUGAAACAGCUUUGUCUACAGUGGGUGGUAAUUCGGAAGGCUCACCUUGUGUCUUUCCUUUCACCUUUCUUGGCAACAAAUAUAACUCGUGUACAACAUCUGGACGUAGUGAUGGCAAGUUAUGGUGUGCCACUUCCAGCAACUAUGAUGAUGAUCGCAAAUGGGGCUUCUGUCCUGAUCAAGGUUAUAGUUUGUUUCUAGUUGCCGCUCAUGAGUUUGGGCAUGCUUUGGGACUUGAGCACUCUGAUGAUCCAGGAGCUUUAAUGGCACCAAUCUAUACUUACACUAAAAACUUCCGGCUCUCACAAGAUGACGUUAAUGGAAUUCAGGAUCUCUAUGGACCUGGAUCUAAAGAUAAACCUGGUCCGGGACCUGUCCCUACACUAGGCCCUGUGACUCCCAAGCUGUGCAGUAAGGACAUAAUAUUUGAUGCAGUUUCACAAAUCAGAGGUGAAAUCUUCUUCUUUAAAGACAGAUUCAUAUGGCGAACAGUGAACAUAGGAACAAGACCAUCAGGACCCCUACUCAGGGCUAUAUUCUGGUCUGAACUACCUGAUAAGAUUGAUGCCGUAUAUGAAGAUCCUCAGGAGGAGAAAACCAUUUUUUUUUCAGGCAAUGAGUAUUGGGUUUACUCUUCAAGCUCACUUGAGAGUGGUUAUCCAAAAAGAUUGUCUAGUCUUGGACUGCCUGCCGAUGUUCAACAUGUGGAUGCAGCAUUUAACUGGGGCAAGAACAAGAAAACAUACAUCUUUACUGGAGACAAAUUCUGGAGAUAUAAUGAAGGAAAGAAGAAAAUGGAUGUUGGGUUUCCUAAAUUAAUUGCAGAUGCAUGGAAUGGGGUUCCAGACAGUUUAGAUGCUGUUCUAGACCAUAGUACAAGUGGCUUCAGCUAUUUCUUCAAAGACUGGUAUUAUCUUAAACUUGAAGAUAAAAGCCUGAAGAUUGUUAAAGUCGGCAAUGUGAAAAAUGAUUGGCUUGGCUGCUGAGUUAUAUACAUGGUAUAUAGAAUGAUUACAUACCAACUUGUCUUUUUCUCCCUUUCAACUUUUGUGGGGCAUUUUGUAUUGAUUAAUAUUAAUGGACCAGUCUGGCACUGGUUGUAAUGUAUGUGCAAAGACACAUGAUUCAAAAAAAUAAUUGAAAAUGUUAUGUACCCAAGAACAUGUUCUUUUCUGUGAUGCAUGAUGGGUACAGAUGGCAUAUAGAUGUGGUGUACUGCUUGCUUCAAAGGUUUUGCUCAAUCACUCAGUAUGACAAUAGUCCUUGUCUAUGUUCUACAUCAUCAGUAUACUAUACUAAACUAAUAUGAAUUCUCACCAUAUUUACACAAAGGUCUUUGUUGUCCAUUUUAUAACAAAAAAAUUAGCAGAUCGACAAUUCUAAUAAUUUUACAAAUCACAAUACAUAAUAAAACUAAAGUUUUCUGUGUCUUA